UAACUUGCAAAUUGCCAAAGAUUAGAAGGGAUGGAUAGGAGGUGGGAUGGGAUGGAGAAAAUUAGGACCAUAGUCCCGUACUGAGAACCGUUGCACAGACAACCAAAAAAAUAAAAAGGAAAGAAAAUGGCAGGUUAUUAUUAUCAGAUAGGGCCGGGCAGUGGAAUGGUGUCUACUGUGUCCAAACCUUGGUAUCUUAGAGCAGAGCUUCCUAUGUCUUCUGAUCUCUCUCUCCACCGCUCCAUCCUGCAAGGCGGUUCCUCUUCUUCCUCUCCUUCCCGUCGCGAUCUUGUCUUCGUCGUCAACCCUCGAGGAGCUAAUGGGACAACGGGCAAGGAAUGGAAGAAGCUGCUUCCGUAUCUCAGGUCUCGCCUUGAUAAAGAUUGCAAUAUAUGUGAAUCUUUGACUUCAGGUCCUUAUCAUGCAAUUGACAUAACAAGAGAGGCAAUAAGAGAGGGUGCUGAUGCUGUGAUUGCAGUUGGAGGAGAUGGCACUCUUCAUGAGGUUGUUAAUGGAUUCUUUUGGGCUGGGAAACCUGUUAUCAAUCAUGAUAGAGAAGAUGCCCACUCAACUGCUCUAGGUCUCAUCCCCUUAGGAACUGGGUCUGAUUUUGCCAGAACAUGGGGCUGGAAAAAUGAUCCUUAUGAAGCUGUUGAUCGCAUUGUUGAAGGGCUGAGAUCACGGGUUGAUGUCGGUGUCAUUAGUGGAGAAAAUGAAGAAUCUCAUUACUUCAUAAACGUGGCUGAUAUUCAUUUGAGUGCAAAGGCCGGUUACUAUUCAUCAAGAUACAAGAGAUUUGGAAACCUAUGCUAUGUCGUUGGUGCUCUACAAGCGUUUAUGGGGCAUAGAAAUUGUGACCUUAGAGUAAAGGUCAAUGGAGGUGCAUGGGAAAUAUGUUCUCAAGUAACAGCUCUUUGCAUCGGAAAUGCAAAAUACUUUGGUGGAGGCAUGAGAAUCACUCCAAAUGGUGACCCUCGCAGUGGAGAGUUUGAGGUUGUAAUGCUUCAGGACUUCAAGUGGUAUGACUUUAUUCUGAAACUACAUAAACUAUACAAGGGGACGCAUUUAACAGUGAAAAAUGUAUCUUCAAGAAGUGUGCAUUCAAUCGAAGUGGAGAACAUCUCUGUCAGCGGAAGCGUUUAUGUUCAGUCUGAUGGGGAACAUUUGGGUUUCCUUCCCAGGAAGUUUUCUAUUUUACCUUCUGUUAUUGAAAUGAUAUGCUAAAGGAGGCCAACAGAGCACCACCCCUUUGACUUGUUUGCUUGAAACUAGUGCAUCUCUCUAGACAUUCUUCAGACACCUUUCGCUUGGUACAAUUUGAGGAAAGUGGUAGAGGCAGAAACAACAUAACAAAUGAAAGAUACAUAUGAUAUUCUUCAGUAGUGGAAAAAUAAAUACAUGAAUUGACUGACAUGGUAGGAAGGUAUCUUCUUUGCAGUACUUUCAUUUGGUACAAACAUUCAUUCUUCAUGCCGGCCUCUCAGUUGAAAGUGUUUUAGGCUUUUCUUUGAUUUGUAAUGUAUGGGUUUCUACGAGUCCUAUGCAUUUUAAGAGUGGCUCGAGUGAAACUUCUCUUGUUUUGUAUUUGGAGGGUGUUCAGAUUCUUAUUAACGAAACAAGAUUUAUGGAUCUAUUCUCCUAUAA